AUGCGCCAAUCCGCCUUGUUGCUACCCGCUGUCCCGCUCUUGCUGGGCGGCGUGGCCGGCCAGGAGUGUCCCGACUACAUCGACUACGCGGCUCAAAGGCACGAGCCUUUCACAAACGGCACCUACCAAUUGCCCUUCCAGCGCCCGGCUCCGGCAUGCCGUACCUUCAACAGCUCAGGCGUCGAGGAGCUGGUGGACCGCAUGGGGAACGUCAUCGCCGACCCCGACCUUUACCGGCUCUUCGAGAAUGCCUACCCCAACACGCUCGACACGGCCAUCAAGUGGAAAGGCGUGGCCGCGAACAACUCGGACGAGGAACUUACCUUCGUCAUCACCGGCGAUAUCAAUGCCAUGUGGCUACGCGACUCGGCCAACCAGAUGCAGUCUUACCUCCCGGUGCUCAAUGCCUCCGACUCACCUGACAGCAUCGCCUCGCUCUACCGCGGCGUCGUCAAUCUCCAAGCCCGCUACCUGCUGACCUCUCCCUACUGCAAUUCGUUCCAGCCGCCCGUCGAGUCCAACAUUGCUCCCGACACGAACCCCUCGGCCAGCGACGACACCGUCAACCCUCCCUACAGCAACACCAGCGUCUUCGAGUGCAAGUACGAGCUGGACUCCUUGGCCGCCUUCCUCGAGGUAUCCGACAACUACUACAACGCAACCAACGACCUGGAUUUCUUUGGCCGAUUCCAGUGGAUCUCGGCCAUCCAGGCCGUCAUGAAAGUCGCCAAGGACAUGCAGACGCCCACCUACGCCGCCGACGGCCAGGUCCUGGACUCUCCCUACACCUUCACCAGACAGACGACCCGGGCAACCGAGACGCUCGCCAACGACGGGCUGGGCAACCCCGUCAACAACGGCACCGGCCUCAUCCGGUCCGCCUUCCGGCCCAGCGACGACUCGACCAUCUUCCAGCUCUUCAUCCCGGCCAACAUGAUGUUCGCGCGCUACCUGGAGACGGCGACCGCCAUCAUGCGGCAGCUGGAGAACGCGCCCGCCGGCCUGGCCGUGGAGAUGGGCACGCUCGCGAGCUCGGUCCGCGCCGCCGUCGAGCAGCACGGCGUCGUCGCCGGCCCGGGCGGGCGGCCCGUCUACGCCUUCGAGGUCGACGGCUACGGCUCGGCCAACCUCAUGGACGACGCCAACAUCCCGUCCCUGCUCGCGGCGCCGUUCCUGGGCUACACGGACGUCGGCGACGAGGUCUACCAGAACACGCGUGCGCUGGUGCUGAGCGCGGGCAACCCGUACUUUAUGCGCGGGCCCGUCAUCAACGCCGUCGGCGGGCCGCACGCCGGGCCCGGCAUGGCGUGGCCCAUGGCCAGCAUCGUGCGCAUCUUGACGACGGACGACGAAGCGGAGAUCGUGGCCGCGCUGAAGGAGAUUGUGAGCAGCACCGACGGCCUGGGGCUGAUUCACGAGAGCAUCAACAGCUGGAACCAGAGCGACUGGACGCGACAAUGGUUUUCGUGGGCGAACGGGCUUUUCGGGCAGAUGAUCCUGGAUCUGGAGGAACGGAAGCCGGAGAUCCUGGGCUUGAGCUUCCAAGAGUAG